AUGAAUAUGCUUAGCUUAGAACCAAAACUACAAGAAUUUAAAACAUGCUUAAAACAGUGGCAACACCGUAAACUAACAUUGAUGGGCAAAGUCACAGUAAUUAAAACAUUUGCGUUACCAAAACUAAUUUAUCCAUUUACAGUUCUUGAAAACCCACCUGACCAUACUAUUAAAGAAUUAACAACAGCAAUUUUUAACUUCUUAUGGGAUGGUAAAACAGAUAAAAUUAAGCGUAAAACUAUUAUAAACAACUAUGAUGCAGGAGGAUUAAAAUUAACAGAUAUAAAAUCAUUUUUAACUUCAAUUAAAGCUUGCUGGGUAAAGAGAUUGAUUUUAAAUGAAAGCAACGGACACUGGGAAGCCUUCUUUGAGAAUAUAUUAAAACCAUUUGGUGGAACAUCAAACAGCAAACAAGGUGUCACAUCAACAACACAAACUUCUUAUUCUGUUGCAGAUAAACCAUCUCAUUCUGUUACAGGUUCAAAAUAUGUCAUUCCUGCACCGAGAAAUCAAUCUAAGGACUACAACAACAAUUUACAGAGACAGAGACGAGUUGAUAUUGAUAGUGAACAAUAUUGUAUUUUAUUAUAUGCUGACGACAUUGUGUUGCUUGAUGAGAACUCAAAUGAUUUACAGUAUCUGUUGAAUGCUCUAAAUGACUGGUGCUCUGUAAAUGAUAUGACUAAUCAUUGUGAAAAAAGCAAAGUUGAAAAAGUUGUGUCCCUUGUUUUCUCGUCUACGGAAGUUACCACAAAUGUAUUACGCAUUGACAGUGGUCUCAAUUUGAGAUAUUAUGCAGUUGGACCUGUUUUUGUCUUACAGACAUCAUCAAGCAGUAGCAAACAUGUGUCGCAAGGAUGGAAUUUCAUCACUUUGAGGUUUAAAGACAAAUUAAGUUGGUUUGUCAAUGGUAUACAGAUUAAAACGGAUGGUCUUUCCUUUACCGCAUCAUCCCUUUACAGUGUAAAACUCGGACCAGGACAAGAUUUGACAUCAGGCUCCUUAAUUAUAGUAGAUGUUCGCUGGUACUCGGAUGUUCUUACAGAUAGAGAAAUUGAUAACCUAUACAAAGGGAUAGAAGACGAUUUUUGCAGAUGCCCACCAACACACCCAAAAGUCAUGAAAGAUACCCUUCCAAUCGAGAACAUGAAGUGCACUGAUGGUAGCUCGGAGGUCUUGCGUCUUGGUGAAAACGCUCAUAAUCCUGGAUACAUGGCUGAUGCCACCACAACCACCAAGUGGGUGUCUGGCACCGUAAAUGAAGUCAAUAUAACUCUAACAUUGAAGAAACAGUUUCAGAUGAAACGUUUAUCACUCGUUGGAAUAACGAAGUCACCAGCAAGUGUAAAAGUCAUCCUUCUCUUAAAUAAUGCCGAGCUUCAAGCUAUCGAAUUAAAGGUGACUGGUGGAAAAGUUUUGUAUGAUUUUAAGGAAGGAUCAAUCACUAGUAGAACACAAUACCAAAAGAUCAUAGCUGACAAAGUUAUUGUCCAGGCUAAAUUCAGUACUAAUGACUACCUUUCUGUGAGUGAACUAACUCUCGAAGCUAGAUGUAGUUGUUAUGGUAACGAUAAUGCGUGCAAGAUUGUCAAAGAUGGCUACACGUGUAGUUGUUUAUCGUCAUCUCACACAAAAGGGUCAUUUUGUGAUGUAUGUGGAAUCGGCUACUAUCGCAGUGCUGAACAAUUUGUAUGUAACAACCCAUGUGCAUGCAACAUGACCGGAAGUUUUGUAGACACUCAAUGUGAGGAGGUAGAUGGGCAAUGCACCUGUCACAGUAACAUUGAAGGUAGACAAUGUUCCGUCUGCAAGCACAAUACCGCGAACUUUUCUGAUAGCGGAUGUACAGCAUGCGAAUGUAAUCCUGACGGCAUCACUAGCUGUAGUGAUGAUCUAACCUGUAACUGUAAACAAAACGUAGACAUUACGUCUGGUAAAUGUGACAAAUGUCUGCCUAACUAUUAUAAUAUAUUUAGUCCUUCCGGUUGUGCUGCCUGCGAAUGUGAUCUAUCCGGCACCAGGGUCGCGGAGCCUUACUGUGAAAGUGGCAGAGGCGAAUGCUAUUGUAGAGCUAAUGUAGAAGGUAAAACGUGUAAAACUUGCAAAGAUGAAUAUUACGGCUUGUCAGGUAACAAAAGAGACGGGUGUGAUGCUUGUGAGUGUAAUAUUGUAGGAUCUGCUUCGUUUAUAUGUGACAAAGAUACUGGUCAAUGUCCUUGUUUUGGUGAAAGCAAUCAUACACAAAUUAAUAACAGACAAUGCAUACCGACAGCGUUGAAACUGGAACCUUUGUUUGGACCAAAGGCUGGGUCAACAUUGCUUACCCUCACUGGAACAUUUCUUGGUACAAACGCAAAUGUAAAACUUACCAUAGAUGGUGAAGAACAAGACAUUGUUGAUAGGAAUCUUACUUUCAUAGUAUUCAAAACAAAGAAAAGUACAGAAAUUAAAUAUAAACCAAUGAGAUUAGUCUGGAGAUAUGGAGGUCAAACAUACAGCGAUGACAACUUUGAUAACAAAGCACAAAUGUUUGAAUACAAGAACAAUCCCCAGAUGAUAGUAUAUACCCACAUUAAAUUUAAGAACAUUUGCAAGUGGGGGUUGCAUCAUUCAAGUGGGAGGUGAAAAUCUUGACAGUGUUCCUUAUCCAAAGUUGCGAGUUUAUGUAGAUGGUGACAAGGAGAUUCAAUCGCCGUGUAUGGCAACAAAAAAGACAUUAAAGUGUCCGACUCCUACUAUCGAUAUAGAUGAUAAAGAUCGGAAUGUCUCGUAUGGAUUUUGGCUGGACGGAUUUAUGGCAAACAAGAACGUCACUGACAGCCUGGGCUCUGU